AUGCGCACGUCCACCUCGCUCGCUGGCGCGCUCGCCGGCCUCGCCUCCCUAUCGACCCUCGCCUGCGCCUCGCCCAUCACGCUCGCCGCGCGCAACAACGACGCCGCCGGGUCGCCGUCCGUCUCGAUCAAGAACGGCACGGUCGAGGGCGUCUCGCUCCCGACCUUCUCGCAAGAAGCCUUCCUCGGCAUUCCCUUUGCCCAGCCACCCGUCGGUGACCUGCGCCUGCGCCGCCCGCACUCGCUCGAGAAGGGCUUCGAGGACGGGUCGUUCUCGGCCAAGAAGUACUCGCCCUUUUGCCCGGGCAUCGGCGCCGACGACUAUGGUUACGAGUUGUCCGAAGACUGCCUCACCGUCAACGUCCUUCGUCCUGCCGGCACCUCGGCCGACGACAAGCUCCCCGUCGGCUUCUGGAUAUAUGGAGGAGGUUUUGAAAUGGGAGGCAAUGCCGACAUCCGGUACAACGGCAGCUACGCGGUCCAGCGCAGCGUCGAGAUGGACAAGCCGAUUAUCUACGUCCAGGUCAACUACCGCGUCUCGUCGCUCGGCUUCCUCUCGUCCAACGAGCUUCGCGCCGAGGGCAACCUCAACCUCGGCCUGUACGACCAGCGCCUCGCGCUUCACUGGGUCAAGGAGAACAUUGCCGCGUUCGGCGGUGACCCGGACAAGGUGACGAUCUGGGGCGAGAGCGCCGGCGCCAUGUCGGUCAGCCACCAGCUCCUCGGCUGGGGUCUCGACUCGACCGACCUCUUCCGCGGCGCCAUCCUCGAGUCGGGCUCGUCCUUCACCUCGUCGUUCGCCGACCCCGAGAUCCUCCAGCCCCGGUUCGACGAGGUCGCCAAGAACGCCGGCUGCGGCGACGCCGACGACGUGCUCAAGUGCCUGCGCGGCGUCAGCCUCGACACGUUCAACUCGUCGGCGGCGGCGUACAGCUGGAGCCCGGUCGUGGAUGGCGGCAUCAUCCCGGCGUUCCCGUCCGACAUUGUCAAGAACGGCAGCUUUGUCAAGGUUCCUCUGCUCAUCGGAGCCAACACGGACGAGGGCACCGCCUUUGGGUCGCGCGGCAUCAACACGACCGAGCAACUCGCGGCCGACCUCGCGACGCGCUACUCGUCGAUGCAGAACUCGAGCGUCGACAAGGUCCUCGAGCUGUACCCGAACGAUCCACUGGUCGGGUGCCCUUACGGCAGCGGCGACGCCGUCCUCCCGAGCGGCCUCCAAGACAAGCGCAGCUUUUCGAUCUAUGGCGACUUGACCAUGCAUGCCGGCCGCCGCCGACUCGCCGAGCUCUACUCGGCAGCAGGCGCACCCGUCUACUCGUACCGCUUCGACCAGCCGGCCGAGAACGCGACCAUCGAGACCGGGACGACGCACUUUGUCGAGGUCGCCUACGUCUUUGGCGUGCCGUACAAGACGGCCAACACGCUCGGCACGCGUCCGGGCGACGCCGAGCUGUCGCACCUCGUCAUGUCGCAGUGGAUCUCGUUCAUCCACGACGGCACGCCCAACAACCACGGCAUCGCCGACGCGCCCGAGUGGCCCGACUACCGCACGUCGCCGAGCAACUACGUCUACCGCCGCCACGGCUCGGUCGUCGAGACGGACGACUACCGCAAGGAGGGCAUCGCGUACAUCAACCAGCUCGACUGGGAGAUCCGGGUUUGA